GUACUUCCUCCUUAUGCUGGUGUAAUAUCUCAGACAGCUGAAGUCGUGAUAUGUGGUUCAGGUCAUUGGUGGCGAGUGCGUGCACUCUCGGUGUUCUCGCAGCUGUCCCGCAGAAAUUCGUUCCUACAGCCUUGUUUCACUCCGCUCCUAGGAAAUCAUCUCUGGUGGAACAGUCCGACAUGAAGGUAGAACUGCUGCCUGCUCUCACCGACAACUACAUGUACCUUCUCAUUGAUGAGGACACUAAGGAAGCCGCCAUUGUUGAUCCAGUAGAGCCACAGAAAGUAGUAGAUGCAGCCAAAAAGCAUGGCGUGAAACUCAAAACCGUCCUAACCACUCAUCAUCACUGGGAUCAUGCUGGAGGUAAUGAGAAGUUAGUGAAGUUAAUGCCGGGUCUUACAGUGUAUGGCGGAGAUGACAGAGUGGGAGCGUUGACUCAGAAAGUUACACACUACAACACUUUCAAGGUGGGCUCACUGAAUGUUAAGUGUCUGUUUACGCCGUGUCACACCAGUGGUCACAUCUGCUACUUCGUAACAAAAGAAAACAGCACCGAACCACCAGCUGUGUUCACGGGGGACACUUUGUUCAUGGCCGGCUGUGGAAAGUUCUUUGAAGGUACAGCUGAAGAGAUGUACAAAGCCCUGAUAGAGGUUUUAGGCCGUCUUCCUCCAGAGACGCGUGUUUACUGUGGUCACGAGUACACCAUCAACAAUUUGAAAUUUGCACGGCACGUUGAACCAAAUAAUGAAGCCAUUCGAACAAAAUUAGCAUGGGCCAAGGAGAAAUAUAACAAUGGAGAGCCGACCAUUCCUUCCACGGUGGCAGAUGAGUUCACAUUUAACCCAUUCAUGAGAGUCAGAGAGAAGUCUGUACUGGAGCAUGCUGGGACCAGUGACCCAAUUGAAGCCAUGAGGAGCAUCCGUAAGGAGAAAGACAGUUUUAGGGUUCCGAAGGAUUGAGCCCAUGUCAUCUCAGGCUCGCCUUUGUGUUAACCAUCACCAGUACGAUCAUCUGUGCUUGACAUUUCACUAGCAAUAGCAGAACUUCCUGCAGACACAUGGUACAUGGAAACUUUAGUUGCAUUUACAUACGCUCCAUUGAAAGCAAUAGCACAAUUAUUUACCUGUUUAUUUUUAUGAAGUCAACUAAUGGUCUUAAAUGAGCAAUAUACUAGAUUAUUUACCUGUAUGACAGAAAUACAGUGUAUUUGUGAAAAUCAUUGUUGCAAGCAAUACAUCUAAUUGAAAAAGAUUAUAAUUCUCUCUGUCUCUCUCUAUAUAUAUAUAUAUAUAUUACUGUUUAUAGUUACAGUUGCAAAUGUUUUCGUGUUAAUCUGCAUAUAUAAGAAGUUAUGAUCAUGCACUAGCUCUGUGUUAUAGGUUACACUUUAUUAUGUAAGUUUACGUACGUUUUAAAUUCUAAUUUUGACAUUUUCAGGCUUUGUCACUUUUCUGAAGGAUCCAGGCCAUGUUUGUCUAAAUGUGCAAUGUUUUAUUUUGUAAAUCAAAAAGAAAUAUUUUAUAUUUUGAGAUAUUAUUGGGUCUUGUGAACAAUUGUCAAUAAGCGGUGUUCCAACCAAACUAUAUUAUGUAUGUUCAUAUCAAUCUUAAAAUUGUUUGUGAUUGAAAUGCUUUAAUUUUGUGGUGUCCGGUUUAUUUUGAAUGUAGACAAUGUUGAACACUGGAGAUGCUUGUUUCAGCUUUUUCGUCUUUUGUUUAAGCUCAUUCAGUUGUUGUGGUUUCAGUUGAUCUGGCACUUUCCGUCAUCAAAAGUAACAGAGAAGAUCUAAUUGUGCUCAAUCUCAAUUAAAGUCUUAAUGUUAAAGUAA